GUGACGGGCAGAGCCGCCAAUCGGCAAAGGCGCCGCAGCCCGGGAGCAGUUGGCUCCAGUUGGGGCAACUUUUUUUAUUUUUUUGAAAGCUCGGUUUCCCGGGAGAUCUUAAGCGGUGUCAGGCCGGUGUCGCCGAGCCGGGCCAUGGCGAGAGGCAGGAAGAUGUCCAGGCCCCGCGCGGUGGAGGCGGCGGCGGCGGCGGCAGCGACAGCCCCGGGCCCGGAGAUGGCGGAGCGGAGGGGCCCGGGGAGGCCCCGCACCGACGGGGAGAAUGUAUUUGCCGGGCAAUCCAAGAUCUAUUCCUACAUGAGCUCGAACAAAUGCUCCGGAGUGCGGUCCCCGCUUCAGGAAGAGAAUUCCGUUGCACCUCACGAAGUCAGAUGCCCCGGGAAGCCAUUAUCAGGGAGCUACAGGAAACGAGAUGAGAAGAGAAACACGGCAAACGGGAUCCGGAGCACCAUGAAGUCAGAGGAGCAGAAGCUGCGAGACGCCAGAAGGAGCCCCCUGGUCCCUUUUCCAAACCAAAAACCGGAGGUAGCAGAAGCUCCCAAAAGUCCCCCACCAGUGUGUGAACCUCCCAGCGUUGCUGCUGCCAAGCAAAGCCCGAGGAAGCCCCUCAAGGGCAGACCGGCUCCUCGAAAGACAGCUCAAGGGAAAACGCAGCAGAACCGCAAACUCACCGACUUCUACCCCGUGAGGAGGAGUUCCCGGAAGAGCAAGGCCGAACUGCAGUCUGAGGAACGGAGAAGAAUUGAUGAGCUGAUUGAGAGUGGGAAAGAAGAAGGCAUGAAGAUUGACCUCAUUGACGGCAAGGGCAGGGGAGUGAUCGCCACCAAACAGUUUUUGCGGGGCGAGUUCGUGGUGGAAUAUCACGGGGACCUCAUUGAGAUCACGGAUGCCAAGAAGCGGGAGGCUCUGUACGCUCAGGACCCGUCCACAGGCUGCUACAUGUACUAUUUCCAGUAUCUGAGCAAGACUUACUGCGUGGACGCCACUCGCGAGACCGACCGCCUGGGCCGUCUCAUCAACCACAGCAAAUGCGGGAACUGCCAGACCAAACUGCAUGACAUCGCCGGGGUCCCACACCUCAUUCUCAUCGCCUCCCGCGACAUCGCAGCGGGUGAGGAGCUGCUCUACGACUACGGGGACCGCAGCCGCGCGUCCAUCGAGGCACACCCCUGGCUCAAGCACUGACCCGCCACGGACACAAGUGCCCUCUGACGGGCCAGGCGCCGAGUCGUUUUUUGUUCCUCCUUCUGUUUGGUUUUGGUUUUGGUUUUUUACACAUUUAAUCUUAGCAGAUGACUUCAGAUGUUUUUUAAAAAAAAGUCUAUUAAGAUGCCUUUUCACUGUAGUAUUUAAAUCUCUGUCGCAGGUCUCCAAGGUGGACGGCGACAGAUGGCCUUAUAUUACCAAAACUUUUAUAUCCGAGUUGUUUUUGUAUCCUUUUUGCAUACAAGUUGAAAGUCUGUGCUUCCCCCGUGCAUGCAGUUCAAGACUGGGCACAGGUUUUCGGGGCAAGAAUCUGAACUAGGAAGUGGGGGUUCUCCUUCCCCCCCUUGCUCCCCCCGCACACCCCGACUUCUGCCCACAGGGCUGGGAGGCGGGGACCACCACCCCCCACGGGCCUGGACGGGAUGCUUUCAAGCUCUUGGUUCCCCUCAACGUCUCGACAGGCGCGCAGUGCAGUGUGAGUCCCUUUUUAUAUCAAGGUUGGCAGUCCGCAGUCUUCCCCCUGCUUCCUCGACAGCUUGCUGGCUCCCCGGGGCUCGCUGCCCCUCCUUCUUCCGUGGCCUCCUCAGGCCGUACCCCCAAGCUUCAGGGCAGGGAUCACAGUGGACAGGCCAGGGUUUCCCAAAGCUGGGAAACAGUUCUUUAUAGAAAUGUGAACACUGAAUUUAUUUUAGGAAUAAUAAUAAAAAUCUCCAAAAAAAAAAAAAAAGAAAAAGAAAAAAAGGGAAGAGGGAAAAUAAACAGAAAACAAACUUACAUGUAUAUAGGACUUGAAGUGAAUGAAAUGGCUGCAAUUUUUGGUUCGUUUGGUUUUGGCUUUGGGGGGGUUAAUUUGUUAUUUUUUGGUUGGUUGGUUGGUUUCUUUUUUCUGUAGGAGAGAUUUGGAUGGUACUCUAUUCUAAUCAUAAAUCAAGUUUUGUAGUGGGACCAGAAAUUACUUACCCGCUCUCGCUGUCCACACCCCGCUGGGUCGGUUGAAGGCCAUCGCCGACCUGGGGUGUGGGCUCCUGCCGCGUGCCACAAGGCCGCCAUGCACUCGGGGCACCGCACCGCCGCCACCUCCGAGACAGGCCAGGCCCGGCCCCGCUGGCAGCGGAUGUGGGGACCGCAGGCAGGGAUGCAGACCAAGGUGCAGUUCUCACUUGCACUGUGACCCUCCCCUGGCACCCAGCGCCUGGGCUCUCAGUCAGGUGCUC